GGAGGCGGCGUCUCGCAGGCGGGUUUCCCGUGGGUGGGCCCGCAGCAGCGCGGCGCGGAGGCAGCCCCGGCGCAAGGCAAGGGCGGGACAGGAGAGGACCGGAGGUAGGCCGCUGCUGGAAGCCCCGUGACAGGGAUUUUGUGCUGCCCACGGAAACUGAGGUGACUCUGGCAGACGGGGGAAAACCGCGCUAUACCGCACCUUAACACUGUGUUAUGUGAAAUCGUUAAUACCGUUUUUGCUUGGGGAGUGACGGGUGUCCACAUUUUCUCCUUUGUGGAAGACUUCCUGGCUCACUUGGGGUUUGUAAUACAGCCUUGAAAAUGCUUUUUGUGCCUCAACUGAUAGGAAAUUCAUUAAAAGAAUUUCUUAUCCUUUUAGUGUGUAUUUUGCAUGCUAAGCAGAACGCUUUAGAAAUAGUUCUUUAAGUAGAUACAAAUUACCUAUUUUUAAUCUAUGUAAGUUUCAAAACAUCAGUUUCCUAUUGAUUUUAUAAGAUAUUAUAAUUAAUUACAAUUAAAAAUUGCAUACAAGUUUGUGGUAAAUCAUUGGUAUCUGCUAAAUACCUUCCAGAAAGAGAAAUAUUUGGAAACUUCCAGCAGACUGUUGUAGAUAGAGAUCCUGGUUCCCGGUCAUUAGGACAGGGGGGUGCAAGGUCCUCUGCAUUAUGAGGGGGAAAGGAUGUGUUACCCAGGCUCACAAGGAAAUUAUAUGAGUCUGAAGUUUUUAUGUUCUCUUCAGGUAUCUACUUCAUCCCGUCUUCUGGCAUCUUAGCAUGCCAGUGCUGUGGGGAAUAAGUGUGAAUUGAUACUGUAAUUAUUUUUUCCAUCAGAUAGACAUAUGAAAAUAGAGGAACAGUAAGCAAGACAAAAAUAAACUAAUAAAAUACCUUUGCUUAAUAUCUGUAGUACAGCACAUGAAAUCUUAAAACCAAGUUUAAAUAUAUCAGUCUUCUCUUAAAGGUAUUUGUCUGAUGCUGUCUUAGUUCUCUAAAACAGGAUUAAGAAAAAAAAAAGCUGUUUAUUUGCAGCUAGGACUCCAGACAUGGGCAUACAAAAAGGUUAAAUAUUUGUGCUGGCUUUCAAGGUGUACUUUACUAUCACAUCAUUAGAGAGGAAAUGCUUUCUUUUUCCUCUUUAGGUAGUUUGUAUAGUUAAAUAAUUCUGGUAACUUUGUGUUGCAGCUUCUGCUUAGAAGCUGUUAGUGGAACAGUCAAACACGCUUUUGAUUAUUGUCACCGUAUCUGAUUUGCUCCAUCUACAUGCAUCUACAUGGCAAAAGGGAACAGAAAAAGUAUUUUUAAUUAACUGGAAAAUCUGUGGGUAAAAAAAAUGUGAAAUGGUCUGGUAAAUGUAGUUAAUUUAGUACUUGAGACUUGUGGAAUAUUACUACAUUGACAUUUAACUUAACCAACCUUUGAUCUGUAUUUUAGCUUGUUUAAUACACAUUAUACAAUUUUGUAAGAAGUCCCAGAUACUUCUAAAAGUGUAUGGCUGCAUACUAAGGGAAAAGCCAGAAAUACUUUUUAUGGAGAUUACAUGAAAUAAAUACUGUCACACAACUUUUCUCAGUGAUACAAUGGAAUAAAUUCUUUGUAGAGACAACUACCAUAUGGAAGAAAUUGAAGCAAUAAAAGCAAUCUCUGAAAAGGGACUACAAAGCAACUCAUUAUUAUCAAAGAUACUUAAUAUCUGGAAAAAUUGUCCUCCUAUUUUUGGAUAUUUUCAUUUUGCAUAAGGAAGAAAACAUUUCAUAUUAUAACAUCAUAAAUUAAAAUUACUUAAUUUUAGCUUUCCUUGUAUCUGCCCCAGUGUCAGCAACAGCAGUGCAGUACAACAUGUUAUAUGAUUUCUUAUUCUCUGAAGCUGAUUGGGCAGACAUCAAAAGAAAUCCAGCUAUCAUAGAAUGAUUUCAGUACUUUAUAUAGACUGCUUAAAUAACUUUUUUUUCUUUCUUAGUAGACCUAGUGUCUGCUGCUGCCGUCACCUUGAUAAUGUUACACUGAUGGAAUCAUGCCUACAGCUGAAGAGCAUUCAAGUUUGCUGACAGUAUGGCAUGUUGAUAAUUUUAGUUGUUAAUGAUUAUAUCUCCUAAAGCAAGACUUCUAGACUUACCCAUGAUCUCUGAGUUAAGGGAGUUUGAUAGGUCUUUUUUGAUGUACCAUGACAUUUACCACCAGUGGUCUGUGUUCCACAGCUUGGAACCAAUUUUAUAGGUUGUAAAAUAAAUACAUAGUUGUUAGCACUGUGUACAAAUUGGGGGAUAUGUUAAGAAAACAAAUCAAUACUUAGCAAAUUCAAUAGAUGGGGCUGUAGUUUCCACUAUAAUUUGGGAAAUUAGGUUGCCUUUCUUUUGUACAGUGGGUGAUUUCAGCUGAUGUGCUGUGACUGGUUGAUGUCCUGUAUUACAAAGGUGGUCAGCCUUCCUGACUAGAAGCCAUAUACCAAAGUUUUCAUGCAUUUGCAAGAUGCAGACCACAUACUAAAGAGAGGAGAGCUGAAAGAAAACUCUGGGAGACGCUUAUAGACAGGAUACGCUAGAUACCACUGUGGGAUGGGUGCACAUACAGCGCUGGAGGAGUCCAGUGAUGCCAGCUCAGUCUUGCUGUCUCACUUCCUUUUACCACCAAUAGUUGUACUGCAAAGCUCAGCUUUGCCUUCUCAGUAGUGGCAUGAUAGCACAUCUGCCUUUUAAAGGCAGUCUUCUAAAUCUGAAAACUGACCAAGUGGACUAACUUUUCUUAGUGCUUGUGGGCAUGUCAAUGUUCAUUGUUGGGAGCUUCUUUGAGAAUAAUCCAGGUUGUAAGAUCUUCUUAAGCUUACCUUAUUCAGAACAUUAAAAGGUACAGAUGUUGAUUUGUAGCUAGAUUUAUGACCGUACCUAAACACAUUAAUUCUGUCUCAUUACAGGUGCCUCAGAAUUGAAUUCUUAAUACAGUGACCAUACAGGAUGAAAGAAAAAUGAUCUUCUGUUUUUCAGUUACUUGAGUUUGUUCUUUGUAACAACAUGCUUUACUGUGAAAAGUGAAAGAGAAGACUUUCUGGACAUUUCAAAGAUAGCUGGUAGGCAUAGCAAAAUGCUAUGUUUGAGGCGGGUUUGCUUGUUUAUGCUGAGACAUUACCAAGCUCGGACUCUGAGUAGUGAUCUGCUUUUGAGCCAGAUAAAUAGCUGCACCCACGAAGAUGAAGUGUUCAGCCUUGUUGGAUGGAACAAAGCCAGGCUUUCUGAAAAACAUGUGGGAAUUGCAUUGAACCUGCUGUGGGAAUUGCAAAAGAAGAGACCUCUUCCCUUAAGAACUAGUGACUAUGUAAGAAAUCACUCCCAGUUUCUUACCCUUUGCAUUUUAGCAGAAAAAACAGUGGAACACAUGGAAGAUGAGGCAAUAGUGGACAUCCUAUAUAGUAUUCUGAGGCUCAAUGUUGAAGACCACGAUUCUCUAGCAGAAGUGCUUGUUACAGAAGCCUGGAAGAGAUUAGAAAGGCUUAGUUGGCCAGCUCUGUCUAAAUUUGCACUGUGUUUAUACAAGCAACACAGACGUUUCAGUCCCGUAAUUGGCAAAGUAGCUCAGAUUGUGGACAUGAAACUGGAUUCCAUACAGGAUAUAAGGAUCUUGUCGGUUUUGAUGAUCAGCAUAUAUGAUGUUAUCUCACAGAGUUUUCAAGAUCGAUUGCUACAGAAGGCUGGACAGCUCUUGGAAGAAAAGGAAGUCCACUUCAACUCUGCCAAAAGAAUACUACAAUUUCUUCAAAAUGUUAAACUGCGAUAUCAUCCAUUGCUAGAAAGGUGCAACAAGAUUUUCCUUAAAAAUACCUCCCGUCUUGAUGUACACAGUAUUAGUCAUAUUUUUGGACUCUAUGAGCAGCUGCGUUUUGACAGUGCUGAAUUCCGCUUGGUUGCUAAACAGCUGCUGUCUGAAGCUAUAGAUGAUUAUGAUGAUCCUGAAACCUUUGCAAAAUUAUUUUUUACUCUUGCACCUCUUGCAGGAUCCACAGUAAGAGAAAGAUUGCUAGUAACUGCAGUGCGCAUGGCAGAAGAAUUUAACUGUCACCAAGUAUUGGUAAUACUGAAGACGAUGCAGAAAAUGAAAUGCAGAGAUUCUCAUCUACUCAAAAAAAUGACUUCUGUUCUGCACAAACAUUUGGAUAGCUAUCAUGUAUUACAGUUGGUAAAGUUAACACAGUACUUGGUGGUGUUGCGUUGUCACAAUCUGGAGCUGUUUGCCAAACUAAAAAUGUUGCUAUUUGGGUUUUUAAAAUCUAGUGUUGUACCUGCUGAUACUGCUGCAAUAAUUCGUGUUCUGGCUAUGCUUCCUCCCUUUCAAGUGGAGGAAAUCAUCAUAAACAAAGCAGCAGCAGUUCUGCCUCAAUGCAGGCUCCAUCAUUUGAAUUGCAUUGCUACAGCUCUUGUCAAAUGGAAUCAUUGUGACCAGUUGCACUGGCAAAACAGUUCUGAGCUAUGUGUACAGCUUCUGCAAAAACUAAAUGACUGUGGAUUUCAGAGGCUUCAGAAAGCCAACAGCUUAAAUCUUCUGUUGGAAGAACUUACACAUGUGAAUGGAGAGUGGUUUGAAGAAGUCAUGAAUGAGGAAGCUAUGGCCAUGUGUCAACGCUUGAUAGACCAAAUAACGUGGGCAAAUGUAAUACAGCUGUCUUCUUUUCUCAUGAAAACAAACUACUGUUGUCCUUCAUUACUUGACAGAAUAGCUUCAGUGACUGUUGAAAAUAUAGACAAGAUCCACCCCUUUGAAAUUUAUUUUAUUCUCUUCCUUUUCUCUGCUCUGAAUUACAACCCUGCUGCCACUGAAGAGUUCUUUGAGAGUUGUAUCCAGCAUCUUACUUCUAACUUGAGUUGUUUUGAAACUCACCACUUGGUGCUGCUUGGUCAUGUUUUGGCAGUGGCUGGGUAUUUUCCUCCAGUUCUGAUAAUGAGGAUAUUUAAUGUUUUUUUCCUAAGCAAAUUGGAUGCUCAACUUGAAGUCCUGCCCGAUACCCUAAAGCAGAGGGUCCGCUUGCACCUCAUGAAAUUGAACAGAGCAGUCUGUCUGGAAUGUCCGGAGUUUCACAUCCCUUGGUUUCAUGAGCGCUACUGCCAACAUGUCAUUCAUAACAGCAGGCGCCAAAUAAAUCCACUGCGGCAGCAUGUUCACAGAAUGCUGACAGAGAUCUUAGGAGGGAGCCAUUAUGCAAGAACAUCUGUUCUCACCCCAUACUACUAUGAAAUAGAUAUUGAGUGUGUUCUGGAUGAAAAUAAAAAGCCUUUUUCCUGUAUGGCUCAGAAUAUACUUUUGGAUGAUGUGAAGCGAAUACACUUGAGACAUGAUAUCAAGGAUGAAGCGAAAAAGGCUCUGCCACCAGGAGCUCAGAGAAUUGCUUUGGAAUUUCUUGAUUCAAAAGCUUUUAGCAAACAUUCACGUCACCUGAAGGGAGAACCUGCUGUGAAAAAAAGGCAUCUGGAAAUGCUGGGGUACCACGUAGUUCAGAUUCCUCACUUUGAAUGGAAUUCUAUGGUUAUGUCAACAAAAGGUGAACAGCUAGAAUAUCUGAGAAAGCAUUUAUAUGGAAUACAGUAAUGUCAGACAUGCAAUCAAAAGUACUUUUUAUAUGCUUUAUGUACCAUUAAACUUCUUGUAAUCUUGCAAUACUUAGUUUCAGAAAUCUCUUUAUUUGUGAGUCAACUGGACCAAGGCUUGCCAUGGGGCAUCAGAUGUCAAGAGAUUUAAUCAUCAAUUUAUUAGGGAUUGCAAAAGGCAGGUCACAGUGGGCCAUGAAGAUGUGAUAAGGAUGCUUAAAAUCUCCCAUUAUCUGGAAGUCUUCUUUAAGUACAUGAGUCUGUGACAGUUUUGCCAUAAAAUUACAUUGUUGUCUCCUAAAUAAAUAGCACAGAAGCUUAGCCAGACAUAAAACUGUUCAAAUAAAAAGUUGGAAAUACUCUUGACUGUGAGAGAAGAGGCAGCAGAUCUACUGGAAACUAUGUCUGUUUUCCAGCAUGUGACAGAAUGAGCAAUAGGGAUCAAACAGUAUCUGUACUGUGAAAUCAAGAAACCAAAAUGCAGAUUUACUAAGAAUAGGACUGCUAUUACAGCCAUUCUGUUUCCAUCUUCCAGAACGGAGGCACUGUGGGUGACUCUGCUGGGGGAGGGUGCUGUGCCAUGAGGAACCUCCAGCUGCUUCUCCUACCCUGUCAUGUGGCAUGUGCAGAAGAAGUAAGGCUUGAGCCUUCUGGAACACUUUCACAUACUUAAAAGGUAGACUAGUUCUAGGGGUCUGGCAGCUACCCAGACACUUGAAACACCCGUACUCUGAUUAAAUGCAGCUUGGAAGGGAUACCUGAAAGAUUAUACAAGAUAAGGAGAAAACAAUACUUACGCCAGACAUAGGCACUUACUAUCGACUGGAUCACUAAUGAAAUUUACAGCAUUAUGCAUUUGACUGGCCCCUCCAAUAGAAAUAAACCAAAAUGAGACAAACUUGCCUGUUCUGUAAAUAAGGCCAUGUACAAAAGAGCAAAAUUAGGCUGAAAAUUGAAAUCUGGAAUCAAGAUCAAGAAAAGUCUUCAGAGAGCAACCACCACCUUGGUUACUGGUGGUGAAAAACGUUACUGGCUUAUUUAUCAUGUUUCAAAGCCAUCUGCCAGUUACCAGGCUUUCUGUGAUCAUGCUCAGCCAGGGUUUCUGUUGGGAGGCAUAAGAUACUGAGACGUAGAAGGAAAAAGUGGAAUAGCCAGGAGAAUGUUCAUUGUAGAGCAGUAACUAUAGAGUGCUCAAGUCUGCAAACCUGCCCAUUUUCAGAGGCAGCCAUGUUGUGACUACAGCUGCCAUUACCUCGUGACAACUGCCAGCUGUGCCCAUCUCCUUCACAUACACAGUGUGGAUGUUUUCUUGCCUUUUAGUAGAAGCAACGCACUUUCUUUUUACCGCUUCCUUUGAAACCUAGCAGAGGUAAGCAACUGCAUCUGAAUGGACUGUUGUGGACAUGGCUGUCACUUAUUUUUUUACUACUUAGUAGUAAAAGAAAAUACUUUUAUUGUCUGAAUACAAAUCAGGACACUAAUGAAAAGCCAAGAAAAAUCAACAGAACUGAUCUGAGCUGUAAGGUGCUUUCCUUCUGAGGCAGCGCUCCCUCACGUUUGUGGGAUAACUGAAAAAACUAGCUGAUUGUUAUCUGCUUCUGGUAUCAAAUGGACAAGGGCUCCAAGAUGUAGGAGACGAGUGCUUUGAGGAAAUGUUGAAGGCACAGCACAUAGAAAGGCUAUGCACAUUACAUUUUGUAUAAAAUGGAGAAGACAAUCAUAAAUACAGGUCUUGGAAGGUGAGCCAUAAGUCAGAGGCCUUCAAGGUGCAACCCUGAAGCAUAAGAAAGGGGGUAGUGGCUGCAGCUGAAGUGAUUAGUCAUGGGUGGUCAUGUGUUUGAGCUGAACCCUGCUUUUCAGGUAUCCAGCUGUCAGUGUGCCCAGGCAGGUAUUGUCAAGUUAUAUAUGGAUAAAGUUAUGGGUAUUGACUGGGAAGAGUAUUAAAACUUGCUAAGAGUGGAUUCUGAAAGGGCAUCU